CAGGGUCCCCUAAAAAAAAGAAAGCAUGAAUCCGCUAGACAAAAUACAUGCACUAGAUGAGAUUGAAAAAGAUAUAAUACUCUGCAUGCAGAGUGCAGGUCAGGCGUUGCAAGAGCUGGGUAAGGAGAAAACUUCUCAAAAAAGUGCCGAGACACAGUCUCAGCAAUUUUUAAAGAGUUUGUCUAGUGUUGAGUCCAAACUCUCGGAGCAAAUCAACUAUCUCACACAAGUUUCCACCGGUCAACCACACGAGGGAUCGGGAUAUGCCUCCGCUAAAGUCUUGCAAAUGGCUUGGCAUCGCAUUCAACAUGCGCGCUCUCGUGUACGUGAACUGGAAGAGACCAAGGCCAAACACUCGCAUGCGGCUAGACAACAACAACAAAAGCGYCAACAAGAACACGCAGCUGCACAGCAACAACAACAGGCGGCAGCAGCCGCAGCUCAGCAACAGCAGCAGACGACAGUCGCAGCUGGUGGUUCCGGAUCUACAGACGGCAGUGGUGUAGGUAUUGGCAAUACUUCCAGUGUUAGUGGAAUAGCCACCGAUGCCGGCGGUAGUAUGCCCGCAAGCUAAUUGCAAAUUUAAUCUCUGCUAAUAAUAUUUUAUAAAUGCAGUAAAAUAAAAUAAAAUUUUA